AUGUUUCCAUUACAGUCCACAAUAGGAAGAUUAGGGGCUCAACCCUCUCGAUUAGCUAUCAGAUCAGUGCUAUUGAGGAGCUCUACACGGACAAAUUUACUAGUAAGGAAUAGAUUACACUAUCACUCAUUUAUAAUGCCUUUACUUCCUUCUCAAUUUAUUCAAUUUAUACAUCUAAACUCUUCACGACAAUUGAAUAAGUUAACUAUAUUAAGCUCUAAAAGGUUAAUAUCAAUGUUUCCAAAGAUGAUAGGGAAAAUAAUUAAAGCACCCGCUUAUCUUGGUGGUGCAAUGGCAGCUACUGGUAGUUACAUUGCUUAUAAAGUUGAACAAACGACAAAUUACACAAUGGAUAAGUUUGGACAACUACACGAUCUUUCAAAUUCAAUGAAGGAUAAAAUAAAUCAGUGGCUACCAGGUGUUGAUGUUUCACAACAACAAUCUAACAAUAGCGGUAAUAAUGGUGGUAACAAUAAUCCUGAUGGCUCCGUACCUGGUGCUACGAUAUUAGGUGCCCUAACAGAUGAUGAGAAACGGGAUAGUAAACGAACUGCCGAUGAUAAUGACGAAGACGAUGAUGAAGAUGACAUGGAGAAAGAAGAUACUACACAAGAUGAAAUGCUAAAUUUAACAAAACAAAUGAUUGAAAUCAGAUCAAUUUUGAACAAGGUCGAUUCAUCCUCAGCUCAUCUUACUCUACCUUCCAUAGUUGUCAUUGGCUCACAAUCAUCUGGUAAAUCUUCUGUCCUAGAAUCCAUCGUAGGGAAGGAAUUUUUACCAAAGGGGUCAAACAUGGUGACCAGAAGACCAAUAGAAUUAACUUUGGUUAAUACCCCAAAUUCUAGCGAAAUCACAGCUGAUUUUCCAUCCCAAAGAUUGUACAAUAUUAAAGAUUUUAACGAUGUUAAGAGAUUGCUAAUGGAAUUGAACAUGGCUGUUCCAUCUACAGAAGCAGUAUCUGAAGAUCCUAUCCAACUAACGAUUAAGUCUUCCAGAGUUCCUGAUUUAUCUUUAGUUGAUUUACCUGGUUAUAUUCAAAUCGAGGCUGCUGAUCAACCCUUAGAGCUUAAAUCAAAAAUUCAACAAUUAUGCGAGAAAUAUUUAAAAGCUCCAAAUAUUAUUUUGGCAAUUUCUGCUGCAGAUGUCGAUCUGGCUAAUAGUUCAGCUUUGAGGGCUGCUAAAGCAGCGGAUCCAGCUGGUCUAAGAACAAUUGGUGUCAUUACUAAAUUGGAUCUAGUGACUCCGAAUGUUGCUAGUAGUCUGUUGAAUAACAAAAGAUAUCCAUUGAAAAUGGGUUAUGUUGGUGUUAUAACCAAAGCACCAAGAAAGUUCAAUGAAGGAGGAUCUUUGAACCUGUUUGAUGAUGCAAAUAAUAGAUCUAGUACGUCUCCACUAGGAAAUAUAUUUGGGAAGAAACAUUCUAUUUCAGACAAUGAAUCUCAAUUGGACUCGAACUCCCCAUUAGGUUUACAACAGAUACAUUCUUAUCAAUUUGAAAAGCACUAUUUCAAGGAAAAUAAGAGAAUAUUCUCAAAUUGUGAAGUUUCAACAAAAAAAUUGCGUGAAAAAUUAAUCAACAUCUUAGAAAUUUCUAUGUCCAACGCUUUAGAACCCACAUCAACUAUCAUUCAACAAGAAUUGGAUGAUACCUCCUACCUCUUUAAGGUUGAAUUUAAUGAUAGACAGUUAACACCAAAAUCAUAUUUAUUAAAUAAUAUCGAUGUCUUGAAAUUAUCUAUCAAAGAAUUUCAGGAGAAAUUUACAAGGAAUGAAUUAAAAUCAAUCUUAAAGGCUGACCUUGAUCAGAAAGUUUUAGAUAUAUUGGCACAAAGAUACUGGAAGGACAAUAAUCUCCCAGAAUUAUCCACUCAAUUGAACAAUGAAACUGAAAUGCUAUAUUGGCAUAAGAAAUUAGAACUGGCCUCUUCUGGUCUCACCAAAAUUGGUAUCGGUAGACUAUCUACCGUACUAGUCACGAACUCCAUCUUAAAGGAACUUCAAAAUAUCUUGGAUGAGACACAAUUGAGAAAUCAUGAUCUUAUAAAAGAUUUAGUAAAUAACACAGCCAUUAAUGUUUUAAAUACCAAGUAUUAUUCCACGGCAGAUCAAGUCGAAAACUGUAUCAAACCAUUUAAAUACGAGAUCGAUUUAGAGGAUCGCGACUGGAGUUUGGCUAGAACCCACUCCAUCAAACUAAUUAGAGAAGAGUUAGCACAAUGUGAAGGACAAUUCAAUACUAUUAAGAAUUCAGUAGGGUCAAAAAAAUUGAACCGUGUUAUGACAUACCUUGAAAAUGAUGGUUCAUCUCAAAAGGAGACAUUAGGAAUGUCAAAAAUUUUGUUAGAAAGAGGUGGUGAAGCUAUAUUUUUAAAGAAAAGAACACAAGUAUUAAAUUUUAGAUUGAAAAUGUUGAAGAAUAAAUGUUACAGUUCAAGUGAAAAAGAUCGUUGCCCAGAAGUGUUCUUGAACGCCGUUAAUGAAAAACUGACAUCGACUGCAGUAUUAUUUCUUAAUGUUGAGUUACUGAGUGAUUUUUUCUACAAUUUCCCAAUCGAAUUGGAUAAAAAAUUAGGUACGUUAAAUAACGAACAGAUCGAAAUGUUUGCAAAGGAAGAUCCUAAGGUUGCUAGACAUAUCGAAUUACAAAAGAGAAAGGAAUUGUUAGAGCUCGCCUUACAGAAAAUCGAUUCUAUUCUUGUAUUCAAGAGAAGUUAUAAGAACCUCGGUAAGAGAUGA